AUGGCCGAAACUGCUGAUAUGAACCGGAACACACCCGAUUUCCGUUCAGGCGGCAGUGCAGGAUAUCUCAAGACCAUACAUGACGAAGUCACCAUACCCAGUCCUGCGGUGAAUGGCAGUCCAGGGCCAGCGGUGGAGACAAAUGAACGAUCAGUUGAGACUUUGGCAUCUGGACCAACACCACCGAGUGUAACGCCCCGAGAACGUUCGCCAGACAGGUUGGAUUCCUUGUCGACGGCAUCCAAGACGGCCGGAGUGUUAAAGAGAGCCCUUCCAUCUUCCAGCCAACUUGCCGCGGCAAGGUCGAAUGACCUACCUACUUGGACUACAGAGCUUCCCGAGUCGGACAGUGUUGUGAAUGGCAACGGAACUCCCACGGUGGGAAGGAAGAGUGUGCAGUUCUCGCGGGACACGCAAGAGAUCGACGCCCACAUAGGCGGCCAGGAUACACCGCCAGGUGGCAGAGAUGAAGGCUCAGAGCAGGACAAGCCUCAGUCAUUAUAUGCUAGGCUCCGAGCUCUUGCAUUACCCCAAGGUUUCUCACACGCUCGCUCUCCCAGUGUUUUGUCGUUAGGUGCACGCUCAACAGAUGGCAAGGAGUUGGAUGGCUUCUUAUCAAGCCAGUCAGGCCGCAAUGAAUCCGGACUUGCCGCGACUAUGGAAGAAGAUAGCGGUGCCGAAGCUGAUGCGGAUGCCGAAGAGAGUGCCACGGAAACUGGGGCCUCACAACGAAGGUCUCGCAGACAUCGACGGAGAUUCCGUCAUCUCGAUAAUGUCGAGACGGCACCGUCGUCACCACACAGUCCGAUGCGGGCGGGCUCUUCAAGCAUGCCGCAGAGUUCAGAACCAGACAGACCUCGUCUGCUGGCUCGGAGAGCUACUGACACAGAUAUGGCCCACGGAGGACUGUCCGAGGACGAAGGGCGCAAACACUUGGCCGGUGCUGGUGGCUGGACGCCCCGUCAUCCGCUCCGUGGCCUCAGUUAUGGAGGCCAAAAGAAGGCUGGCGAUACUACGCCCGAAGGUCAACGACGCCCUUUGACGCUUUUAGGCUUCUCCAACAUGAACUCCUCCCGUGAUGCCGGCUCGAGCGAGGUGCGAACCCCGAAGACUCCCUCCCGCCGGAAGCUGAUGGCAGAGCGCGGGUCAACGCUAAGUGCAGCCAGGUGGAGGCAAAUCAAAAAUAGCUUCCGCAUGCUGGGUCAAAGCAAAAAGAAAGAGCGGACGCCGGAUCACGAAAAGUCGGCAGAGCUAUUGGCUGAACUGUCUGCCGCAACGCCCGCAGCACUAAUCCUUGCGAGCAUGUUCCAGCGCGACGAGCACGAUCAUCGAAGGAUCCCAGUUCUGCUAGAGCAGUUGAAGUUGCAGAUUACUGACAGCGAGGUCGACAAGUCCAAAGAUCCAGACUCGACACAAUCUGAUCCCCAUCUGGUCUUCCGCAUUGAGCUUGAAUAUGGAAAUGGAAUCAAUCGGAUGAACUGGGUUGUGAAGAGAUCUCUGCGCGAUUUUGUCAACCUCCACCUCAAGUACAAGCUUCAGUACAGUUCAGAGAAGCUCCUUGGCCGUGGCGAUUCGAGCAAACAGAUGCCCAAGUUUCCCAAAAGUGCGUUCCCAUAUUUGAAAUCAUUCCGUGGGUUCGAUGAGGAGGAGGAAGAUGAAGAAGACGAACCGGUUAAUGACAAUGAUGCUGGCGCUGCGACGGAUACCGAAAGACCUAUUGAGAAAAUCCAGCACCGUUCCUCAUUCACACCAGGUCGACGAAAGUCAAGUGUGGCUGGCUUACCUGACGGUGGAACUCCUGGGGGAGCUGCACGGAGAGAUGCUCGUUUCGCUGAGCGACAGCGGAAAAAGUUGGAAGCUUACCUUCAGAAGAUGCUCAAAUUCUUGCUUUUUCGUCCCGAGAGUAAUCGAGUCUGCAAGUUUCUUGAAGUCUCAGCUUUGGGUAUGCGUCUUGCGGCGGAGGGCAGCUAUCAUGGUAAAGAAGGCUUCCUUCUUAUAAGAUCCGCCAAGGGGUUGGACUUUAGAAAGGCGAUGACUCCGCGUCACUUCAUGCAUCAGCAUGCGCCAAAGUGGUUUCUUGUGAGGCAUAGCUACGUCGUCUGCGUGGACUCCCCAGAGGAGAUGCACAUAUACGACGUAUUGCUCUUCGAUUCCGACUUCGACAUCCAAUACACGAAACACCGCCAGGGGGAGCAAAGGGGCGCUAAAGAGUUGGCAGAGGCCGCCCGGGAAUCGGCCAAACAUCCCCAACAUCAUCGUCUCAAGCUGGCCAACUCGGAGAGAAGACUCAAGCUCCUGGCCAGGAACGAGCGGCAGUUGCAUCAGUUCGAGGAAUCUAUCCGCACAAUGAUGCAAAUCUCGCCGUGGGUCAAGAAGAACAGGUUUGACAGCUUUGCGCCAGUCAGACCGAACUGCUUUGCCCAGUGGCUUGUGGACGGACGCGAUCACAUGUGGGUGCUGUCGCGUGCAUUGGAACAGGCCAAGGACGUCAUCUACAUUCACGACUGGUGGUUGAGUCCGGAGCUGUACAUGAGACGCCCUCCGGCGAUCAGUCAAAAAUGGCGAUUGGAUCGCCUGCUCAAACGGAAGGCAGAGGAGGGCGUCAAGAUCUUUGUUAUCGUAUAUCGUAACAUCGAAUCGGCAAUUCCCAUCGACUCACAAUAUACCAAGUUCUCCUUGCUUGAUCUGCACCCGAACGUUUUUGUCCAGAGAUCGCCCAAUCAGUUCAGACAGAACACAUUCUUCUGGGCACAUCACGAAAAGCUGUGCAUUGUCGACCACACUCUGGCGUUUGUGGGUGGAAUAGACCUGUGCUUUGGCAGAUGGGACACCCCACAGCAUACACUCGUCGACGACAAACCUACCGGGUUUGAGACAGGUGAUUUGCCCAAGGAUGCCGACCAUUGCCAGUUGUGGCCUGGCAAAGACUACUCCAAUCCCCGAGUACAGGACUUUUACGCCCUCAACAGACCUUAUGAAGAAAUGUACGAUCGGAAAAAGGUACCCCGGAUGCCGUGGCAUGACAUUUCGAUGCAGGUUGUUGGUCAGCCAGCUCGCGACUUGACCCGACAUUUUGUCCAGAGGUGGAACUACAUCCUGCGACAGCGGAAACCCACGCGUCCGACGCCUUUUCUGCUGCCUCCUCCUGAUUUCAACCCGGCUGACCUCGAGGCUUUGGGACUUGAUGGGACCUGCGAAGUACAGAUACUUCGUUCUGCCGGGCCGUGGUCGAUCGGGACCCCGGAGAAAACGGAGCACAGCAUCAUGAAUGCGUACGUCAAGCUGAUUGAAGAAUCCGAGCAUUUUGUCUACAUUGAGAAUCAAUUCUUCAUCUCGAGCUGUGAGACGGAGGGUGCCACGGUCCACAAUAAGAUCAACGAUGCCAUUGUCGAACGGAUCACGCGAGCAGCCAAGAAUGACGAAGCUUGGAGAGCCGUUAUACUUAUUCCCCUGAUCCCAGGGUUUCAAAACACAGUGGAGCAGGAAGGUGGGACGAGUGUGCGGUUGAUUAUGCAGUAUCAAUACCGCAGCAUCUGCCGAGGAGAAUCGUCCAUUUUUGGACGGUUGAAGUCCGUUGGUAUAGAACCGGAGGACUACAUCCAGUUCUACAGCUUACGCCAAUGGGGCAGGAUUGGGCCGACCAAUACCUUGGUUACAGAGCAGUUGUACAUUCAUGCUAAAUGCAUGGUCGUGGAUGACAGGGUUGCUAUCAUUGGUUCUGCCAACAUAAAUGAACGUUCCAUGUUGGGAAACCGUGAUUCUGAAUGCGCAGCGGUCGUUCGAGACACUGACAUGGUUUGGUCAAGAAUGAACGGCAAGCCUUACCAGGUGGGCCGCUUCCCUCAUACGCUGCGGAUGCGGUUGAUGAGGGAACAUCUUGGUCUUGAUGUCGACCAGAUCAUGGAGGAUGCUCACGUUAUGGAGGCGGAACGGAAUCGGUCGGAGAGAGCAGGGAAAUCCCCACAACCCAGAUCAUCAGAUGAGGCUUCAGAUGAAAAUGACGAUGAGUGGGAUGCACCUGAUGAUCGCACGCGGGAUAUACGGGAAGAUUUACUACGCCGCGCCGAGGACCUGAAGAGCUUCAACCACGAUGUUGACUGGGAACAGGCAGACAAUCCCAACCUCAAGAGCGGUCGAAAGUUGACCGAGGAUGCCCGUGUCACCGGCAACACCCAGCACAAGCAUGAUGUCGAAGGGCAAGGGUUUGACAAGAUGGCAGACAUAGAAGCCGCCGGUCUGGGCAACGGCAGAGACACCGUCCUUGUAAGAGGAAACAAAGAGGUAUUGAUUUCCGAUGUCGAUCCGGAAGGUCAUGCCACCUUGCAACAUCCCAGGAAACGCGGCGAAGAAAAGCGUCUGCCUUCGUACGUGGUCAGUUUGGAGGCACCGAAUCCCCCGUUGCCUCCUCGGCCGAACAUGGAGCGGAUGAACACUGAGCAACUCGGUCUACCACUUGUAUCCCAACUUCCUGCUCUUCCACAACUGGAUGACUCGGAUAUAGGUGGCCCGCCACUUACGAAGACGCCCUCAAAGGAGUCUACUCGGGGUCGUCACCCUCUGAUGAGCGAGCUGAAGAGACCCCUGGUUGAUCAGGAUUGUAUGACAGACCCUAUUCACGACGCUUUUCUUUAUGAUACUUGGCACGCGGUCGCCGAGAAUAAUACCAAGAUCUACCGGUCUGUCUUUCGUUGUAUGCCAGACAACCAGGUUCGAAACUGGGAUGAUUAUCACCAGUACGUCGCGUAUGAGCAGCGAUUCGACCAACUCCAAGGCAAUGAUACUUCUAUUGAAGAGAAGGUGGCUCAACCGACACGAUCAGAGGCAGCCGCGGCAAAAAGUGGUCCUCCAGGAGCCGGAACCCAUGCCCCGGUAGCACAACUGACGGCUCUGACUUCUGUGCCUGCCGAUAUUCAAAAAGGUACGGGCGAUGCCAAGGACAUGGUGAAAGACAUGUUUGGCGCCAAGUCAAAGGAGGGACAAGCCGAUUCCGAAAAGGCCAAGCUUCGUGCCUGGGCAGCACAGGCGAACCAGGAACAGGCGGAAAGACAGCGCAAGCCGUCACUUCAUCGCCAGGAGAGUCUGACGGAAGAAAAGGCCGGCAUUUUGGCCGCAGAAGUAGAUGAUUACAAUGCUGGACUCCAGAGUGUGCCCGAGGGGGAAGUCAUGGACGAGAAAGAAGGUGGCGGUGCUGAUGUUGACCACACCAACGACGAAGAUGCGGGCGAGAUUGGAACAGAGCUGACAACCAGCACACCGAGCACGGCCACUGCUGUGGAGAAAGAGAAACUCGCCCCUCCAUUUGUGGGAGGCGCAUCGCCGAAUGUUGGAGCCAGCAAUGCCACGACUCCCUUUGUGGGAUACUCGGAUGCCAUCAACCAGAAUUCCGCCGCGGCUACGGCGGCCGCAGCCGCCCAGGGAGCUGGAACAACCACGGGGACUGCGCGCCGACGCCGAAGAGCUACCACUAGAUCUGGUAGAAGGGAUUUCAGCGCCAGCGACGACAUCCUCAGUGUGGACGAGGCGGAAGAGCUGUUGAACUGUAUACAAGGACAUCUUGUGGUUUGGCCCUAUGAUUGGCUUGAAAAGGUCGAGGCUGGAAGUAAUUGGUUAUUCCCGUUCGACCAGAUCAGCCCGAUUGAGAUUUAG